AUUAUAAUAAAAAUACAUUUAAGGUUACAGUAUAGCGAGUGGAAAGUUUUUUUCCAAAGAAUUAAGUUAUGCUGUGAGUACAACUUUUGGAGAAGUAGGAUUUGGAAAGGUAUAUUUCUUUAAUUCUAAUCUUGAGAAUAUCGGAGCAAUAAACGACGAUGAGCUCGGCUCAAUGUUUGGUGCUACGUUGUGCUCUGCAAACUUAGGCGAUGUAGCGCUUCUCGUCGGUGCUCCAGCGUAUGCUGACAGUGAUUACACGUACGACAUUGGCGCUGUAUAUAUAUACAAGGCUCAAUCGGGAUCUGAUUCAAACGAAAUGACAUUAAAGAGAAAGAUAAAAGGCAAGUCGAAUGGUGGAUAUUUUGGCAAUGCUAUAAUAAGCCUCGGUGACAUGGACGGUGAUUUUAAAGACGAAAUAGCAAUAGCAGCACCAUACGAUGAUGGUGGAAGAGGUGCAGUAUACAUUUACACUGGCGAAGGUCUUCUGCAAGGAAAAGUGUCACAAAAGAUCCAACCUGAAGGGCUGACUAAUUUUGGACAGGGCUUAACAGUGGUAGAAGACUUUGACAAAAAUGGGGUCAAUGAUUUGGCUGUGUCUUCAAUUGACAACAGCAGCGUCAUCUUACUUAGAAGUAUAGCAGUAAUAACAGUCAAUUUGUACACAAAGUUCCCAAAUCUACAAGAUAAUAAAAAUAAAACAUACUUUGAAUUUCAAACCUGUCUCAAUGUUCAGUAUCCUGAGAAACUCAAUGAUAUCAAGACUGAUGUUAUAAUAACAAUUGUCACAACAGACUCUAUUUCAAAAUUAGUCGACGCUGAUGAAAAGGGCGUAUUAACAUAUGAAGUAUCAUUAAGGGACAAAAAUGAGUCAUAUUGCAAAAAUAUUGGAGUGUCGAGCAUACUUACACCUGCAAAAGAAUACAAUCUUAUUAUAGCGUACAAGAUAUCAGCUACUUUAAAAGACAACCCUUUGGAAAUGGAUGAUUUUGACAUUUCAAGAGUAAUUUUGAGUGAGCGCAGUGUUUUAAGCGUAAGGGGCGAUGAGUCGAUAACCGAUUGUGGAGAUGGAAUAUGUGUACCAAUAUGGAAGCAUAGUAUGAAUUCGUCUAUAUCGUAA